CAUAUGCAAGAUGAAAGUAUAAUACAGUUUACAGAUAAGUUUGUCUCCCUCUAUAGACUGUUAAUGCAUUAUUCGGUUAUGUGUAUAAACUAAUCAAAAUUCUCAAUAGUUCAUAAAGACGACAUUCAGGAUGGUCCGUAACGGUACUCAUUAUAUCUAUAUAUUUUCCAAAGAAAAAUAUGUAUUAUACUCUAAUCUUUAGUGCUAAAGUCAACAACAAGACUCACUUGUAUAAGAUUCUACUGUAUGAUCAUUUAUCAAGCUACAAGUUUAAUUUCCAAUUAAUUUUGAGAUGGCGAAGCUUCUCUCCGAUGGCACAAUUUAUGAAGCAGUGCCCCAAAACUAUGUUAUGCCUAUGGAGAAGCGCCCAGGAAAUGUUAUUCCCGCGUGGGAAGCGAUCCCGGUGGUGGAUCUCAAAGGAGGAAAUCCUAACGGAGAAGAACUUGCAACAGUUGUGGAGCAAAUUAUUGAUGCUGGAAAAGAAUUUGGUUUCCUUCAGGUUAUCAACCACGGUGUGCCGGAGAACGUGAUCAACGAAAUGAUGCGCGUUGCCGAGGAGUUCUUCGACAUGCCGAUAGAGGAGAAGCUUCCUUAUUACUCAACCGAUCUAAGCAAGCUUCCUAGGCUUCAUACAAGCGCCCCUGGAAAAGAGCAUGAGGAGGUUUCAUAUUGGAGAGAUUGCCUAAAGCUUGCCUGCUACCCUACAGAAAAUUUCAUGCAUACGUGGCCUGAAAAACCAAGAAAAUUUAGGGAGGCUCUCCUGGUAUAUACAAUGGAGGUGAGAGGUGUAGCUUUAAAAUUGUUGAAGCUCAUAUGCGAAGGACUAAGGCUUGACGAAGGGUACUUCGACGGCGAGCUCAGUGGGGGUGGACUUGUCACGAGCGUGAACCACUACGUGCCAUGUCCAGACCCGAGUUUAACUUUGGGUGUGCCUGGACACUGUGACCCGAAUCUCAUCACUAUUCUUCUUCAAGGAAAAGUUAAUGGCUUACAAGUCUUAUAUAAGGAGAACUGGAUUGGAGUGGAGCCUAUUCCAGGUGCUUUUGUCGUGAAUUUCGGGGAACAGUUAGAGAUAAUUACUAAUGGAAUGAUGAAGAGCGCAGAGCACCGAGCAGUGACCAACAAAACAGCCUCAAGAACAACAAUUGCCUCGUUCAUCGCACCUACUAUGGAUAGCCUCAUCUCUCCAGCACCGGCGUUGAUCAAUGAGAAGAACCCUCCACUCUACAGAUCCUUCCUCUACAAAGAGUUCUUUGCAUCUUUUAUCACCAAUAUAGGCGACCAAGAGCAUGUGGCGGAAGGCUUUAAGAAUAAAACUAGCUAAAAUUUUUGUACUACAGUACAUGAAACUGCCUGUGUUUGACAUGCUAGUUAUCUCAUUAAAAGCACUGCGAAUAAGGAUUUAAUUCCUUAAUCUUACUGGUUCUUAUAACUCUAGAGAAAGAGUUAUCCUUCGGUCAAAAUAAAUCUGAAGGAAUAAAAUUCGUUUGAUUUAGGAAAUACCUAUUUGAAUUUUUUUUGAGUCCGGUUGCGAGGUCUGAACAAAUAGUAGGUAUGAAUCAUAGUUCAAAUAUUUCUUUUCUUGAUCUAUGUCACCUCUCCAACUAUCUCUCCACUAGGUAGGAUUUUAUUGGCCCAAGCCUUUAUUUGUUGAGGAGAAACUGGUCCAAUUCUGCUUAGCAACAGUCGGACAAGUGGGUAAUGUUGGGGUGAACCAAAAAAGUUUGGGUAGAGCCGGAUAACGUUGGUUACAUUUCUUUAUGUUAUCUGUACCAGUAACCUGUUUAUGGAUGAGUGCUAUUGGGGUAGUCGGUCUGGCUCUGAACCUACGUGCCUAUGACUUCGUUUCCCAAGAAAUCCGUGCAGCAGAAGAUCUUGAAUUUGAGACUUUGGGUUGUACCAUACGAGAAACAAGGAGGUCAACCACUUCAAAUAUACAACAUGGAUUCAGGCAAUGCAAUGGAGUUGACCCUCACGUCGAUCCGAAUGAAUCAGUCUUUCUACAGAGGUAAAUCUUUAUUCAUUACCCUUGAGGAUCAGUCGUGGUCUUAUAGACUAUACCAAUAUUCUGGACGAAUUCGUUGCUUCAUCCAAAUGUGUAAAAGAUCAUAAUCGCACUUAAAAGCCGAGCUCAAUUCAAAUAAGAAUAUUGGGUUUACUUUUUAAA